AUGGUAAUGGAGCUAGCAAAGAAAAGGAAGGCUACGAUGCUCGACAAAUCGGGGAUGCUGGUCGUCAUUGAAGUGUGGAAGGACAAUAUUCUGUCCCUUCGGAACACUUCCAAGAACUCCCACAUCUACAAGCAAAUGUGUGAGGAGCUGAAAGGCCACGGCGUUAUACUUACGGCGGUCGAAUUGAAAAACCGGAUCAAUAAUCUCUCUCAGAAGUACAGAUCCGAAAGAAACGCCAUGGGGCCCUCGGGAGGAUCACCUUCUUCUUGGGAUUAUUUUGAUAUUCUACACAGCUUUCUCCAUACUUAUAAACAAAACAGCACUCGCGAUUUGAUGGAUGAGGUGAUUGGUUCCGAUGAUGACUACUGCGAUGCUGAGUAUUUAGAUGAAGCGUACAAGCCGGAGAACGACACAUUCGCUCAAUCUAUGUUUAUGUCACCUUCUGCGCCGACAUCAUCAGUGUCAUCGCCAUCACCAACACUGCCAUCAUCAAGCCGCAGGCAUUCCGCUCCUAAAAAGAGAAAACAAAAUGUGCAGGAAAAAUUGUUGGAAUUGGCUAUAAAAUAA